AAACAUAUAUGCCAUAAACCUAGUAUUUAUAUCAUGAUGUCACUUUUUCUGCCAAGUAGCACUUCACAAGAAUCCCCUCAUUAUUUAACUAAAGCCAGUACCAAAAGGAAGAAUUUAUCUCCAGAACAGAAUUAAAAAAACAACAGGUCAAGUUAGUUGCAUCAACUCUUGGUGAAAACCACAAGCACCUGAGAAAAUUCUCUACAACAAGGUUGGUUUGACAAUGUAGAAAGAAACACCAACAAACGAUACAUGAAAACAUCUUUAUCAAGAAUUUCAUUCCUUUCAUUCUAUGCACAUUGAGCUUAAGACUAAUACAGCAUCCCCUCUCCCUUUCUUCAUCAUUUCCUUUAAUGGAGCGUCUAGGACUCUUGCUGAUCUUGAUUACUAUUCUGUUCAAUACUCAAACUCUGAGUGGCAAUGAACUUCUUAUUCAUGAUUACUACAAGGAGAAAUGCCCCUUAGCUGAAGAAAUUGUGAGACAUAAUGUGGGGGUAGCACUCCUAAAAGAUCCACGUUUAGCAGCCUCGCUACUUCGCUUACAUUUCCAUGAUUGUUUUGUCCUGGGAUGUGAUGCAUCUGUACUUCUAGACAGCGUUGAGGGCAUGCCAAGUGAAAAGCAAGCAGGACCAAAUCUGAACUCUUUACGUGGAUUUGAAGUUAUAGACAAGAUAAAGUAUCUGCUGGAAGAGGAAUGUCCUUACACAGUUUCAUGUGCAGACAUCCUUGCCAUGGUUGCUCGUGAUGCUGUUGAACUGGUAUUGAGAGGAGGACCAAGGUGGGAAGUAUGGCUUGGGAGGAAGGACUCUCUAGAAUCAAGUUUCAGUGGUGCUAAUCUAUUCAUCCCUGCCCCAAAUUCCUCUUUGGAGACUCUCAUCAAUAAUUUUAAGCAACAGGGUCUUGACAUAGAAGACUUGGUGGCUCUAUCAGGUAGUCAUACUAUAGGAAGAGCAAGAUGCACAAGCUUUAGGCAGAGGAUAUAUGAGCCAAAGCAGGAAUAUCACUACGGCUAUGAUCGUUACAAACGAUACACAAACUUCAGAAGAAUCCUAGGGUCCAUAUGCCCUGUCACAGGAAGGGACAACAAAUUUGCACCCUUGGAUUUCCAAACCCCGAAAAGGUUCGAUAACCACUACUUCAUAAACAUUCUUGAAGGAAAGGGCUUGUUGGGCUCUGACAAUGUUUUGAUCAGCCAAGACUUGGAUGGAAAGAUCACAGAGCAGGUGUGGGCUUAUGCCUCCAAUGAAAAGCUUUUCUUUGCUUCAUUUGCUAAAUCUAUGAUGAAGAUGGGAAACAUCAAUGUUCUCACAGGAAAUGAGGGAGAAAUAAGGAGGAAUUGUAGGUUUGUCAAUGCUUAGUUGUUAAUGCAAUGAAUGUAUCUGCAUGUGGUUUGCAAUGAAAACUUGUUAAAACCUAA